CAUCACAAGCAAAGUAUCCUCACACCUCACUCAAUUACUACUUCAAUUCCUAAAUCCAUACUCUUACCACUUUGAGACCAAUUGAUCCUGUUAACCUCCCUCACCAUGGCUAAACUUGUUCUCUUUUUCUCAUUAUACGUCUUGUUUGUUCCGCUAGUGUAUAGUUUUGGUGCACCUCAUUUAUGUCGCUCCUAUUGCGGCAACAUAACUAUAGAUUACCCGUUUGCUCUUCAACCCGGGUGUGGCCACUCGGGCUUUAGAGACCUCUUGUUUUGCAUCAAUGAUGUCCUUAUGUUUCAUAUUAGCUCAGGCUCGUACAGGGUUCUAAAUAUAGACUAUGCUUAUCGGUCAAUAACAUUACAUGACCCGCAUUUGUCCACUUGUGACUCCAUCGUGCUAGGAGGUAGGGGAAAUGGGUUUGUGGUGGAGCAUUGGCGGGCCCCGUACUUGAACCCAAGUGCGGAUAAUGUCUUCAUGUUAUUGGGUUGUUCCACCCAGUCACCACUAUUCCAAGGGUUUCCAGCCGGGAACCAUGUACCAUGUAGAAAUGUUUCGGGCAUGGGUUGUGAAGAGUAUUAUGGUUGUCAAGGUUGGAUGGAUCUUGGGCUCGCUCGUAUGGGUUUAGCUUAUGGGACGGGCCCGCCUAUUUGUUGUGCUUUACCUUUUGAUUCAAUUAAGAGUGUAAAUCUUAGUAAAUUAGAGUGUCAAGGAUAUAGUAGUGCAUAUACCCUUGCACCUCUGCGCGUAAGUGGGCCAUCCGAGUGGACUUAUGGGAUUCGAGUCAAGUAUAAUGUGGAGGCGAGUAAUGAUUCCUUUUGUAAAGCGUGUGAGGCAACGGGUGGAUCUUGUGGACACGACGUGGGACGGUUUGGGCAACUUUGUAUGUGUGGGAGUUGGAAUUCUACCUCAAAUUGUGAUACAAUUAUGAAAUUAUCGGUUGGAGGGGCUAUGUCAACAGUGGACGAGAUAUCAGGAUCAUUGAUUGCCAUGGUCGGUUUCUGGUUGUUGUCUUUUCGAAUGUGAAAUGUCUUUGGAGAAAAAGCAUGCAAAUUCACAUCAAUCAUGAAGAAAUACCAAAUGUUGUCCUCAAUAUUCAAUGCUUAAAGUGAAGUUAUUUGUAAGCCAAAUAUAGAAAAAGAAAGCUAGCCAUACCUAAUCGAGUGAGAGUUUCUUUAUCGAGUCUAAGUUUUGUUUGCUUUAACCUUUUCAUUUUUCAUGCUUCUAGGAAAACAUAUGAAUAUUUUUAGUAAUGUAAGAUAUGAAAAAAUUUAUACAUGUUGAUAUAUGAAAGUUUAUCAUAUCCUCCAAA